UGUUCGAGCUGUUCGAGGAGCUUCACAGAAACAAGUCAGGGGCUCCUCUGAGAUGAGCCGCCGCCUGCCGCGCUCCAGCUAAGACUGCGUGAAGAAUUCUUUUGUGUUAGUUCCCCCCGUGGACGAGCGGCCCUCUCCUCCCCCCCGGUUCCCCCCACCCCGCGCUGGCCCCGCUCCUCCGCCCCGCCCCCCUUCGGGGCCACAGCAGUAUACAGGUUAGGCAUUUGUGAUGAUUUUGCGCCCACAGUGGCGACCCAAAUGAGAGGACGUGGGGAACCGGAUGGGAACGUUUUACCCCGUGAGAACAAAGCACAAGUUAAUUCAGAGUCCAGUACGUGUAGAGGACACCAGUAGAUGUUCUUCUGAGCUAGGAGAUCGCUUAUAUUUUGCUACUUUAAGGAAUAGACCAAAAAGCACAGUAAAUACCCACUAUUUCUCCAUCGAUGAGGAGCUGGUCUAUGAAAAUUUCUAUGCAGAUUUUGGACCUCUGAACUUGGCAAUGGUGUACAGAUACUGCUGUAAACUAAACAAGAAACUAAAACCCAAGAAAAUUUUCAAGAGUAUCCCUUUCCUGGGAAAGUUGGAGUCAUACAGUUUAUCAAGAAAGAAAAUAGUUCACUACACCUGUUUUGACCAACGGAAAAGAGCCAAUGCAGCGUUUUUGAUGGGUGCCUAUGCUGUGAUCUAUUUAAAGAAGACUCCAGAAGAAGCCUACAGAGCACUCCUGUCCGGCUCAGACGCCCCCUAUCUUCCAUUCAGGGAUGCUUCCUUUGGAAACUGCACUUACAAUCUCACCAUCCUCGACUGCUUGCAGGGAAUCAGAAAGGGAUUACAGCAUGGAUUUUUUGACUUUGAGACAUUUGAUGUGGAUGAAUAUGAACAUUAUGAGCGAGUUGAAAAUGGUGACUUCAACUGGAUUGUUCCAGGAAAAUUUUUAGCAUUUAGUGGACCACAUCCAAAAAGCAAAAUUGAAAAUGGUUAUCCUCUUCACGCUCCCGAAGCCUACUUUCCUUAUUUCAAAAAGCAUAAUGUGACUGCCAUCGUGAGGCUGAACAAAAAGAUUUACGAGGCGAAGCGCUUCACGGACGCGGGCUUCGAGCACUACGACCUCUUCUUCAUCGACGGCAGCACGCCCAGCGACAGCAUCGUGCGGCGGUUCCUGAGCAUCUGCGAGAACGCGGAGGGCGCGAUCGCCGUCCACUGCAAAGCUGGUCUCGGAAGAACAGGGACGUUGAUAGCCUGUUACGUCAUGAAGCACUACAGGUUUACACACGCGGAAAUAAUCGCUUGGAUUAGAAUCUGCCGGCCCGGCUCCAUCAUAGGACCCCAGCAGCACUUCCUGGAAGAAAAACAGGCAUCGUUAUGGGUCCAAGGAGACAUUUUCCGAUCCAAACUGAAAAAUAGACCAUCCUGUGAAGGAAGUAUUAAUAAAAUUCUUUCCAGCUUGGAUGAUAUGUCUAUUUGUGGAAACUUACCUAAAAUACAAAAUGUGGAGAGAUUUGGAGAGAAUAAUUUAGAAGAGGAUGAAGAUGUGGAAAUGAAAAAUAACAUAACCCAGGGAGACAAACUCCGUGCCUUAAAAAGUCAGAGACAGCCACGCUCCUCGCCAUCCUGUGCAUUUAGGUUGGAGGAUAUGAAAGGGCAUCCAAGAGCAGUGUCCCAGCCUUCCAGAUUGAGUUCUUCCCCACAAGGAUCUGCAUCUACUUUGAAGACCUCAAAAGUGGCUUUGUCCCCAUCAGUGACGGCCAAGAGGAUAAACAGAGGUUCCUUGUCCUCCGGCGCCAGUGUAAGAAGCUUUUCCAUAAACUCCCGGCUAGCCAGUUCCCUCGGGAACUUGAACAAUGCAGCAGAUGACCCAGAGAACAAAAAGGCUGCCUCACCCUUGAGGGUGGGUUUCAUAGCCAACCCGUUCACCAGCCUCCUGAAUGGCAGCCCCCAGCCGCCUGCCAGGAAUGACCCUGAGCUCAACAACAACCAGUCCAGCAGAAGCACCAGCAGCACUGGGAACCCCCUGAACAGUCAGCCGAGCCCCCAGUGCGCCAAGACGGAGGAGCCCAGCACCGCCCUCCGGCCCUCCUACACCGGCCUCUCCUCUUCCUCAGCGAGAUUCCUGAGCCGCUCCAUCCCCGUAAGUUCGCAGACACCAGCUCUUGGCCCUGAGAACCCUGAAUGCAACUUUGGUGCCUUGCCUUCCCCUCCGAGGCUGCCACCCAAGAAAUUCAAUAGCUCCAAGGAAGCCUUCUGACCGAUGCCUUCCCUCUGUGCUGGGAGACUGUCUCUGCAUGUGCAUUCUGCUGGCUCCUCUUCAAGUAAAUGCCAAGUUUCAACCCAGUUUUCUUCCUUCCUUCUUUUUCUUCUCUUCCUGCUCCUUUUAAAGUGAUUUCUCUGAGAAGGGAAACAGCUGUCAUUUCCCUUCCUCAUGGACACUAUUGACUUAAGCUACUUUUCAGUUAAAUUUUCAAAUCUCUCUGAGUAUCGAGUGCAAAGUCAGGGGCUGAGGCAUAGGAGAGCCGGCCUCUGCUCUGGUUGGAGUGGUACCCUGGCUUCUUCCACAUCAGAUGCCAGAGGAUGAGUUUGGAGCAUUUACAUGUGGAAGGUGCUGAGUGGAUCGUGUCUUCUCAGAAAAGCACCAGGCCCUUGACUGUGUCACCUCCUGCAGGGAACUGACCCAGAAUUAAUUACAUGGCAAACAGAAGGUGCUUAUAAGGCAGGCUUGUAAGUAGGUACCCAGGAUGUAGAGGAGGAGAAGGUAGGGUAACAAGAUGUUUAAAAUUAGCUGUCACUCUCCUAGAGACAGGAUGGAAGAUCUCCAAACAUGUGAGCCCUUUAUUUUGGUUACUAAGCCCCCUUUUAAAGAAAUAAUCCCUAUUAGGGUAAAACCUUGUUAAUCUAGGUAACAGCUAAGGGGCCCCGCUUUCCUUAGCAGUUUAGAAAGCACUUUUCUAAUGUGAGGAUGCAGCAUGUGUGUGUGUGCGUGUGUAUGUGUGCGUGCGUGCGUGUGUGUGUGUGUGUGUCUGUGUGUUGGUUGCACUCAUUACUACUCCCAUUGCUACCUCAGGCCUCUUUCAAAGUUUUUUUCCCAUUCUAGCCACAUAAGUCCUUUCUGGCACACAUGAUUUUCCCCGUGUGAUUGUAUUCCCAAGGAUGUUCUUCAACAUUAUUUUAUUUCCCUGUAUAGAUUACAGACCCAGCCCACCCCACCCCUGAAUUCGACUCUAAUCCCACUAAGUUAUGGGUACACAUAUAUCCGUAAAACUUAAAUCCCGGUAACUGGGAUUAGACGGAAAAUGAAGUGUAUUUACAUUUUCACGACUAGGUUUUAGAAGUCAUAGACUUCACAGCAUGAACUGAAUUCAGUCAACAUUUUCAUAUACUGAUUGUGGGUGAGCCUCUUUUUUAGACCAGAGUACAGAUCAUUCUGUUUUCAGAAAAAAUGUUACACAUACGGAUACAUAGGUAAUUCUAUGAGUAUCUUGCAGAUUUCACAGCUAAUGGUUUUGUUUUAUAACUGGAUCCCUGAAACAUGGGUAGCUUGACAAGAAUAGCAUUCUGCUGGCUCUGGACCUCAGUUUUCCUCUUUGAACUUUCUUUAGAUGAUUGUUGGAGCCCCUAGCCCGCCAUGUUUACAGAACUUAAUUUUGGUUUCAUUCCAUAAUUUGUUGUUUUUCUUCACUUCUCCUCCCCUUCCCCAUCCCUCUCCUGUCCUGAAUAGAGUGAUUUUUCCAAUAAUUAAAUUUAAAGUAAUACUCUGUGUCUGCAGCUGCUGCUCUUCCCCCUUCUCCUUCUUAAAUUGGUCAUCUUAUGGUAAUGCAGAGUGUUUCUAAAUAGAAUUGCCAGCAGGACAACACUUUCCUCCCUCUCACCCUCCCAGGAAGUGAGACUAGCUGGUGUCCUAGAGCCGAUUUUGCCCCCUUCAUCUUUGCCUAGACAACUUCUUUGACAGGCGGGGCCCCAAGUCCUACCCCUGCUGGCUCACUGGCAGAAAGUCUAAUUUAAGAUGGUAAUUCCCAUUAAAUGUGGAAUAAAGUAGCAAGCUGAGAGUUUUUUUCCUUUAUUAGUUCACUGCAGCUUUUCUAAUGGUUACGGGUUUCUUGUCUAAAUAAGAUGGCCCUUCUUUCCAGUGCUUCUGAAGAUGGGAGACAUACGACCCUUGAAGAACUAGGAAUAAAUUACUCAAAAACGUUUUUAAACCCUUGGGUAGGCAGUGAAGUCUGUAUGGCAAUAUCCUCCCAGCACCUUUAAGAAAGACCCAGAAACUCCCAGAGGGUGAAGGUGCCGGGCGUUUAGAGGGAGUCUAAUAUUUUAAAAGCUGCAAUUAGCAUCUCUCUUGAAAGCCGCAAUUGCUCUCUCACUUUAUGCAGCAGUUCAGCCCCCAGAAAAAUGUGAAAAUGAUUUCCUCAUUCUGUCAUGAAAUGGUUUAACCCAGGAGACAAGAACAAAUGUUAAGGACUCCUUAUGGCUGCGACAGAAUUCUGAGAAGCAGGGUUGAUUUUUAUUUGUCUGGCCUGGUCUCUUGGUCUUGCACUUUCUCCUGGCCAGUGCAAUGCACCAGGUUUCGUUUUGGUUGACCCACUUACUGUGAAAAAUCAGUUUCCCCUCCCUGACGUUCAGAGGAGUUUUCAAAUGCUUAAGAAAUGAGGGACGUGUGAUGAUGGUGUGGGUGGGGUGGAAGUAUUUUAUUAAAUUGAAAUUACUUGAGGUAGCUGUCUUGAAUAUUUGCUCUGUGUUAUUUUUAAGAGACUUACCACUGACUUGCUAUUCAUCUCCGUUGUCCUCACCUGACCCCGCAAGUCCGCGCGAGGUCAUGAUGCUUUCCCCGUGAGUUCUUGCACACUCUGCCUUGGUCACUGCGAUACUCAGAUUCCCACUCUGCAUUUUCAUCGUCUACUGGCUUAUCUGUAUCCUCCACUGGACUGUAAGCUCUGUGAGGGCAGGAACGGUGCCUCUGUUUUUCAUAGAUGUGUGCUCUGUGCCUGGCAUAUAUACUAGGCACUCACUGGGUACUUCUUGAAUGGGUAUAUAUUAUGGAUGAUUGGGUGUUUAAAUGAAUGAAUGUGAUAGGAGUUAUUGCUCUAUUUUAAAGAUAAAUAAUUUGAGGGUUUGAGAGUUUAAAUAUUUGCCCUAGAUUAUACUGCAAAUAUGAAGCAGAGCCAUAAUUUGCACCUGGGUCAGUUUGACUCCAAAAAAGCACAUUCUUUUGAUUACAUUAUGUCAUAUAUAUAUACUGUGGUAGAUGUUUAAAAUAGAGGGAUAUCUAAAAGGUAAUCUCAUUUUUUCACAGGAAGAGUUAGGAAAAGCUGUGAAGAAGGGGUAACAUUUUAGUUGGGCUUUGGAGGAUGAAUAGGAGCCUGUUAGGAGUCUAAUGA